GGUGGUGGCAGGUUUGAAUUUCCUAAAGAAAAGUUGAAAAAAGAUCUUGGUGGGGGUCGCCUGGGAAUAAAGGCGGGAGAGUUUGGAGAAAGCGAGUCCCCCGGAGAGCGGUAUGUGAAGAGGACCUCUGCCUUGCAGCCCUAGUGACUGUAGAUACUGGGGAAACUUGACUGAGAAAUGAGCUGGGCGGUGGAAGAAUGGAAAGAAGGCCUCUCCACGAGGGUCCUGCACAAGAUUCAAGAACUUGAAAGUCAACUUGAGAAGCUCAGAAAGGAGCGACAGCAAAGACAGUUUCAGCUUGACUCUUUGGAGGCAGCUUUGGAAAAACAGAAGCAGAAGGUGGAAAAUGAAAAAACUGAAGGGUCAACACUGAAAAGAGAAAACCAGAGCCUGAUUGAGCUAUGUGGCAAUCUUGAAAAAACCAGGCAGAAGCUUUCUCAUGAACUUCAGGUGAAAGAGUCUCAAGUGAGCUUUCAAGAAGGGCAGCUCAUGGCAAGCAAGAAACAGGCUGAAAGGCUAGAGCAGGAACUGAAAAGAUACAAAUCAGAACUAGAAAGAAGUCAACAAACCCUUGUUGCAGGGGAUUCAUCUGUCAGUAUCACUCCACAGAAGAACUUUACUGUUCCUUCUACUCCAUGUCACAGUGAUGCUAAGUUUGAAGAACUGCAAGCAAAAUAUGAGAAAGAAGUUGAGGAAAAGAAAAAACUGGAGGCAGAACUGAAGAGUGUGAAGUCUCAUAAAACAAAUCCCUUGCUUCCCCAAAGCACCAUGAGUCGCAGAGAAAUUGCUCGGCAACAAGCUUCCUCAUCUGUGUUCUCCUGGCAACAAGAGCAAAUGCCAAGCCGCCCUCCAUCCAAUAGUCAAGAAACUCCCAUAAGCAGUGGGUUGCAUUUUCCUUGGGACCUUGGGUCAACUCCUAGUCACCAGGAUCAAAAAUCAGCAAAGGAAGUAUUUGCCAACAGCAUCUUGGACAACAGCAAGGAUUCAGCACUCACUGAUGAGAUGAAGACACAGAACCAAGAGCUAAGAUCCCGAGUUCAAGAACUGGAGCAUAAUCUGCAGAUUCAAAUGAGUGAUAUGAAAUUCCAUGUAACUAAACUUCAAGAAACUCAACUGCAAGUAGAAAAUUUGAAAAGGGAAUUGACAGAAAAAGGCCAAGCUCUGCACAAGAGUAACAAUGAAAUAACUAGAAUUACAGCACAACUUCACCAAACUACUGCUCAGUUCACUGCAGCCGAGGAAAAGAUAAAGAGGCUCUCAGAGGAGCUGAAGUGCCAGCAACAAAAUUCUGAAAGUGUCCGGUGCUCUUCCGAACAGAAAAUAAAAGAAAAGGAAAAAGAAUAUCAAGAGGAACUGUCUUGCCAGCUGGAUCAAGUGAGAACUAAGCUACAAGAAGAACUUCAUCAAGCUAAGAACGAUUACUGUCUUCUUCAAGUGGACCUUGAGAAAAUACGAUUGGAGAAAGGGCAACUAGAAAAAAAAGCCAGUGACUUUACCCUGAAAUUGAACAUGGUGAACCAGACAAUGGAAACAAUGCAGUUGAAGGAAAAUGAACUGAAAAGAACCUUGGAGGAAGUAAAGAAGCAAAAUGGCCUCCUUAGCUGUCAAUCUGGUCAACAGUCACAAGAAAUUUGCCAGCUGAAAAAAGACCUUUGUAUGGCCAAACAGCUUCUGCAGCAGAGUCAAGGUCUUGCUGAAGAAAUGAAAAGUACAAAUUGGUCUCUUGACAGAGAGUUGAGCAUUCUUAAAGACAGAGUGGACAGGCAAGAGGAGUCUGCAGAGAAGAUGCAGCUUGUUAUUUGUGACCUGGAAAAACAACGAGAUUCUCUCCAACAGCUUCUGCAACAUAAAGAAAAUACGAUUGAAAAACUCAGCAUAAAACUGGAGGAGCUAGAAAGUUUGCAAAACAUUCUUGCUGACUGUGAAAGUUUUAAAAAAGAGAUUGAGAUUCUUUCCCAGAGGAAAACACAAAAUGAACAACUCCUAGGUCAGUUUCGUUCAGAAAAGGAAGGGCUGAUGAGCAAAGUUUACAGCUUAGAAAAUGCUUUAAUGAUGGAACAGAUGAAAAGUAAUGACAGAGUAACUGCUGUAGAAACUGAAAAUGAACACCUUCGCAUGGAGAUUAGAAACCUCAGAUGUGUGGUUGAAGAAAAAAGUACUGAGCUAGAGGCACAAAGAAUAGCUUAUGGUGAGCUUCAACAAAAGACAGUCACUUCUGAAGAAAAAUACCAGAAAGAGAGAGAAAACAGUUCCCUGAAACUAGAUGAGUUAACCAAACAGGUGACUGUCCUACAACAAAUGCUACAAUCAGCUUCAAAUGAAACGUUAGAAAAGAAAAUGUAUAUUGCCUCACUUGAAACUUCAUUGGCUUCCCACAUGGAGUUAAGUGCUUCCUUUCAAAAACAAGUUGAUGAAUUAAUACAAGUCAGAGAUGCAAUGGAAAGAAAACUGGCUGAAGCAGAACUGAAGCAGAAAGGUUUUGUGAAGGAAUCUGAAGAGCAUAUCAAUAUGUUGCAAGUGGCUCUUUCUGAAAAAGAGGGCUGGGUCAACACAAAUUUAGUGGCUCUUGAAGAAAAAGACAGUCAGUUGCAACGUUUGAUCAAAGAGUCUAAAAAACAAGAAAUAGAGAUUCAAGAUUUAAAGAUGAGCAAUGAGAUGCUCAAGGGUUCAGUGCAGCAUCUAAAGGCUAUUCCUCAAAUAGCAAGAUACCAGAAACCAGAUUUAUCUGCUGCACCAUCUUUAAGUGAAAAAGAAACUGAAGGUCUUAAAGACGAAAACAUACUCCUUCGGAGUGCUAGUGAUACUUCAGAACAAAAACAUGUACACCUAAUGCAAUCAAGACUAUAUUUUUCCAAUGAUUUGAAGGACCAAGAGGAAAACCUCUCAGAGCUGUCAGAAAGAUGUAGACAGAAGAGCAUAUUAUUCGUACAAGCCAAAGAAGCAUUGGAAAGGAAAUGCACAUUGCUGGAAGCAAACAACAGUAACUUAAAAUGCUCUUUAAGGGCACAAGCUUGUCCCUUUGAAGUAGAAAAGGCUGAAUUUGAAUACCGAGAGAAACAGCUCAUGAAUGAACAUGAGAAAUUUCAAUGUCAGCUCUUGUCCUUGGAGGAAAAAAACAACAUUUUGCUGAGGCAACUUGAAAAAAUACAGGUGGUUCUUGAAGAAGCUGAGGUUGUUCCUGUCCAGAAUUGUCUGUCAUCUGAGCUUAACAGCUUAGAACCAAAAAUGUCAAAACAAAAUGCAAUGCAACUGCAUUAUGAUACCUUGCUGUGGGAAAAUAAGCAAUUGAUUGAAGAGAUGAAUGUACGGAACCAACAUGCAAAAGGUGGCCCUUUAAAUAAAGCUUCAUUGGAACAUCUGAGAACAUCUGUGAAAGAAAAAGAGGAUGAACUUGAUAAAUAUAAAGUGAGGCUUGAGCUACUUCAGAUGGACCUUGAAGAUAAAGAAGUCUCUGUAGAAAAGUAUGCUGAUCAGAUAAUGCAGUUGGAGAUUGCAUUGAGAACAAUGGAAACAAAAAUUGAGGACAGUGAAAGGGAAAAAGAGGGGCUGAAGCAAGAAAUCCAAGCUCUGAAAGAGUUGGAAAUUUUCACUUUAGAGAUUGCCGAGAGGGAGGUGGAUGGCCAAUCACCCGCUGUUUUCAAUGCCGUUACCAAGGACAACUUUAACCAGCAGAUAGAUGCCAAGUGUUCAUCAGUACCUCCUGAUACGAUACCCAGCCAAAAUGAUUAUGUCCAAUUAGUAUCCUCCCUUCACAUGACAAUGAGCAAGCUAAAUGAGUUGGAGAAAAUGUGCGAACACCUGCAAAUUGAAAAGUCAGCAUUAGCAUCACAGCUGAAAGACUCACAAUUGGAAUGCGUCACAGGCACAGAGACUAUGGCUGAAGAACCUGGGAACAAAAUUUAUGUGGUGAAAGAAGAGCAUACUGCCUUCUCUGAUGGGUUGGAUCUGAGUGAAAUGAAGGGACAUGAGUAUGAGAAAAUGACCUUUAUGGGGUUGGAAAGUGGCACCGAACUCAACUAUGAAGAUUUAAAAUUAACUAAUGAAGAAAUUAAAGCACACUUUGUUGGAGUAAAGGAAAAAAUCUUCUCACUGAAAAAUCAUUAUGAAUGUUUGCAUGAGCAGACUAUGAGCAUGACUUCCAAACUAUCAGAGUUGCAGUGUGAUAUUGAAACGCUCCAGGAGGAAAAGACUGCACUGUCAACAAGUCUCAAUCAAGCCGAUGCCAUUUCAUUCAUAACGCAGAUGACUCCUAGCCAUACUGAUCAAGAGUUUCUACUAAAUGGAACCCUUUGUCUGUGUCCUUCAUGUCAUAGUAGCCCAGCAAGUCUCACAGAAUCUAAUUUGGACACUGAUCAUUAUAGACCUCCAAAUGAAAUAACCGAGUGUGACAGCAUCAACGAACAAAGUGAACUAGAAAGUACUUGUGACCUGCAGUGUUCCGUAUCAGAACUGGGUGAUGGUGACACAUUGGUCUGCAUCAUCCGGCGGGGGCAUGCUAUGACUGAAAAGUACAGCCUGAAAAAUAAAGCUGAAUAUCACGUGUUAUGUGAGACCUAUGACAAGUCCUUCAAGAGGCUUGAAGAGUCCUUUGAAGCUCAUAAAAGUCUGGAAGAUGAAGAGAUACUAAAGAUCCAGCAGCUACUCCUUUCAGCAAGGAAUGAAGUGGAUUGUCUCAGACAGCAAACUGUAUUGGACAAUGAGCAGUGGCAGCAAAAACUGCACCGCGUGAUCCUGGAGGGGGUUUCUAAACUGCCGGCUGAGCAGAAUGAUACUGACCUCUUGUCUUGGGCCCUGGAAAAACCAGGGCUGCAGUCUCAAGACCUGAAUUCAGGUUCUCAGGAACUGCUUUGUGUUGGCACCAAUCAUCAACUGCAAACACCGGCUGAAGAAACAAAUAAUCCCUUGUAUCAACUGGAAACCUAUGAUUUGACCAGUAAAAGUGAGACAUUUGAAGCGCUGCAUGGUAUAACCAAGGAAAGAAAGUAUGAAACAACCAACUCAGAAUGCAAGAAUCUUGACUGUGGAAUAGUCGUAGAUGUCAGUGCUACAGAAGGAUGUUUUGAGGCCUCGUUUGCAAAAUCCAAAACAGUGUCAGAUAAAUCUACAAGCCCUUCACAGAGUCCUGCUGUGCUACUUCCUAGUUGUAACCACACAAAUACAGUUCCUUCAAACAUCCUUGAAAAUCACGAGACCUGUGAAAUGUCUCUACUACCAAUAAAUGAGACUUGUACUCUGAAGUCUAAGCUGUCCCAUGGUGUGGUUGAAAGCAACAAGGCCUUUGAUGCUCUGGUAAUGGAAGUCCAGUAUUUAACCUCAAGGAUGGAUGCACAAGAUAAAGAUCUGGCUGUGAGGAAGGCUGCUUGUGAAGAGCUGGAAAAAACAGUUAUAGAGCUUCAAAAGGAAAAACAAGAUUUAAACGAGACCCUUAAAUCUGUUACUUUUGAUAAUGAACAGUUAUCUUACAAUUUUUUGAGUUUAGAAAUAGAACUAAACAAGGUAAAAGCUGAUCUGGAAACGCACAAGGUUAGGCUGUCUGAUGCAAGAGAGACUCUAGAGGACUUAGAAAUGACCAAAUCAGACUGGAAUGAGAAGCUUCUUGAAGCUGAAAAUGACCUGAGGAGAAUAAAAGCAGAGAGGGAGAAUAUUGAGAGUCAUGCUCUAUCUAUGGAAGCAGAUAUGGAAGAGCUUCAGUCAAAGAAAGAGCAGUUAGAAACAGAAAAUGAAAAUAAACUGAAAAUCAUUUUUGGCCUUCAGGAACAGCUUCAUAUAAUCUCAGUUGAAAGAAACCAAUUUAGUCAAGAUCUGAGUGCUUUGUCAAAGGAUAAAGAGAAAUUGAACGACGUGUGCCAAAAGUUGCAGGAGAGAGUAAAAGAUCUUGAGUCAAGUCAAAUUGAUUCUACUGAAUUCAUCAGAGUAUUGGAAAGUGAAGCAAACACCCAGACAAAAUUGCUUCAGACUGCAAAAGAUGAUAUUACUCAGUUGUCAACGGAAAAGGAUUGCCUGAUGUUACAGAUACAGAAUUUGGAAGAGGUUGCAAGCAAUCUUGUGUUAGAAAAAGAGAAUGCACAAAGCCAGAUAGAGCACUUGAGUGAAGAAAAAGAAGCAAUCCUUAGGAAAUAUGAAACUUUACAAACCCAGUUAAAUGACUCUCAAACAGAAAUCUCUAAAAUCUCCAAGUCUUUGGAAGGUUCACUCAUAGAAAAAGGCGAACUCGCAGCUAGACUAAAUUCUGCACAGGAAGAAGUGACUCAGCUGCGACAGGGCAUUGAGAAGCUAAAAAUCAACAUAGAAUCUGAUGAAAAGAAAAAAUCUCGCCUUGUUGAAAAACUGAGAGAGAAUACAAGGAAAGUCGACUCUCUUGUAGACAAAAUUGAAACUCUUGAACGAGAAUUGCAGCUGUCAGAAGAGAAUUUGGAGGAUGCAAUUGUUCAGGCAGAGGCAGCCAAGGAAGAGAAGGAAAUAGCAAACACAGAGUUGGAAAAGAUGCAUGCAAAUCUGGGGGAGCUAAAAGCUGAAAUUAAUGCCUUAAAGUCUGAGAAAGAAUGGCUAACGAGAAAGCUGGAAGAAGAGCAACAAAGGGCAUCUAAUUUAGAACGUGCUAACUCUCUGUUUGUAAAACAAUUGGAAGAAAAAGAAGUACAAAUUGAAAGUGAAUAUGAAAAUGUACAGCUAGCAACACAGUCUGAGCUCAAGCAGGACAGAAAAAAAAUUAAAGUUUCUCUGAGCAAGGAAAAAAUUGAAGCUACUUCCAUCAAACGUGAGAACACAGAGCUGGCUGAUCACCUGCAGCAAACAAAAUACCAACUUUCUGAAACAGAAAAAUUGAUGAGAGCCCUUAUUCAAGAACUCCGAGACAUCAAACUACAAUUGGAGGAAAACUUUCUUGAGCAGUUGCCUAGAAAUGAAGCAUUGCAAGUUCCCCCUGAAGAUCUUGAGGAGGAAUUGGGAGGCACAGCCUUUGAAAAAGAGACAGACUGUCACAGGCUCUUGGAGCAUCUAAAAAAUGGGAAAAAAGCGCUCUAUCCUAAAUUUCAGCAUUGGAUAACAGGCUUUCGAAUGUUAAAACAGGAAAGAGAACAAAUGGUAAAGCAAAUUCAUGAACUUGAGAUUCAGCUGAACAGACCAGGUCCAAGUUCUUAUAAGGUUGCCGCCUCAGAGGAAAUAAUGCUUGAGCUAGAAGAACUGAGGAGAUCCGUUGAAGAAAAAAACAGAGAGGCAGAUGAGAAUUUGGAGAAGUAUUGUGCUCUGAUCAUUAAUCAUCAUAAGUUAGAAGAAGAAAAUGAGAUACUAAAGACACAAAUUGACCUCCUUAACAUUCAGGUCACGCAGUCGUCAUCUGGUGUUGCUGCCAGUUGUCUUUGGCAAAGUCCUGGAAGUCCAAAAAAUCCUGGUGGUAGACUGCUUGUAGAAAAGACAAUAUUUGAAAAUGUUGCUAAGGUACAAAGAGUUCUUGAAAACAGAUGCAGAGGCAAAGAGACAAGGUCACCUUUGAGAGAAUCUAUUUCUGGCAAUAUUAAAAAGAGAGCCACAUUUCUACAGCAGAGCACUACAUGGGCCCAAGACACCACUAAGUGUGAGUCAGAUGACUUCCCAGAUAUGAACAAAGGAUUUGUCGAUGAUACUCUAGGAAACAGCAGCCUUCACAGUUCCAGUAGAACAGAUUUAAGUCCAAGGAUGAGUCUUUAUCUGCUUAGUCCAAAACUGGGACUACAACCCUCUUUUGAUCCCACACAGAUCCUUGAGGAGGAUUAUUUUCCAGAGAAUAUAAAAGCAACAGCAGAGGGCAGCAAACUACAAAAGGUAGACAGUGCUCAGCUGCAAGAAAUACAAACUACUGGGUCGCCAACUGGCUUUACUUCCAGGUCUUCCCUUUCUGCCUGUAAUCAAUAUAUCCAACCAGUUGCUGACAGAUCUGUUGACAGUUCUGAUAAAAUCAAAACCAGCCUUUCUAAGGAUACAGUAGAAAAUGAGUUGAAUGAAGGCUGUCAUGUACAGUAGAUACUGUAGGAGGAUACUCUAGGAUACCCAAGAGGGCUUCAUGCAUGCACAAAAGACUGUUUCACACCUUGUGGAGUGUGCUCAUCACAUCAGGCACACCCAAGGAGAAGACUGUAUCUCUGUGGUGCCCUUGACAGUAAAAGAACAAAAUGUGUUGCUCGCAAUUUUUUUUGGCUGUUUUGGCUUAUGAUCAGUACUGCCAUGUACAUGCAGAAGCCUCCUAUGCCCCUGUGCUUUUUCCCAGACUUAAACAGUCCAGAAUAGAAGUCUUGGGCCUGUUGGCGAAAACUCACAAGCAUCUAAAAGAACACAUGAGCUUUUAUCAUAAAGCAGCCUCUUGGGACUGUUUCAGAGUCAAAAAAUGAUGUAGGAAGGGUCUGAAACCCCUUCUUUAUAUGACCACAGUCCUGAUUCAAGUCAGCUACUACAUGUGUAUGACACUGGGUAUCUAAUGCAUAAAUAGGCAUGUAGGUUCCCUUCUCCAGAACUGGGGGAGAAAUUGUGAGUCAGAAUGAUGUAGUGAUUAGGUGCAGUGGACAUUUUUCUGGAGAUUCCCCACUCUUCCACGUGAGCUGAGGAUUCUAAUCUGUUGAACCAUGUUUGUUUCCCCACUCCUAUACAUGGAGCUGCUGGGUGACCUUGGGCUAGUCACAGUUCUUUUGGAACUCUCUCAGCCCCACCUACCUCACAGGGUGUCUGUUGUGGGGAGAGGAAGGGAAGGAGUUUUGAGACGCCUUGCAGUUGAGAAAAGUGGGCCAUACAUUUAUACCUUCCUUUUCCUCCAAGAUUACUGGGAGAAAAGCACGAUCAGCCUUAAUUAACUGAGUGUUCUUCAAAAGAACUGUUGCCUUAUCUAGUAUUUUCUAGUAGCUUUAGUCAGGAGAUGAUAUUUACAUUUUUUUUCAUGAUUCAUGUUUGGAUGCUGACGAAUAGAAUUCUGAAAUAGUUAUCUUAGGGAGGGUCCGUGCACACCCCCCAAAUGAUAAAAUUAUUGCAUGCAAUAAGUCUGUACGGCAUAUUUUCAGACAAGAACAUUUUCAAAGUGGGGAAGCAUCAUCUCAAGGGUAUUCAAGCUGAAGUCAAGGUCACGAAGAACCUCAGGAAUGCAGGUACUUCAGAAAAAUUAUCUUUUCUGGACUCUGCUUCAUUUAAUAAGAAGCUGUAACAAGCAGGACUUGGCUCUUGCUGUUUCAAAAUCAGUUCUGGGAGGCAUUAAAGAGGAUGAAAAUGAGGAUCCAGAGAACUGAAAAUAAUUUUGCACUCCCAGGAGCAAGUUCAGGCUGUUUAAAACACACACAUGCAUACUCCACACAUACCCGUCUUCCCAGUUAUACAUGCAAACCACUUGGAACAGAGAAGUCUAAAAGUAGUUUAAAGUAAUGAAAUGAUGAGAAUGUUUGACUUUAAAUAUCAGAAAGGGUUGAAUCUCAUCUUGUUUUCAUGCACAGAAUCACAACUUUCCUGCCUUAGUUCUCCCGAAACAGCCUGAAAUGCUCCCUGAAAUAUUGGGGAAAGGGUAUCCCCCCAGGAGCAUCACGAGAGGAGAAUAGGAGGAAGAACUGCCUCACCUUGUGAGCACGCAGAUCUUUUUGACAAGAUUCAACGCAAAUCACUCAAAUUGGUUUUCACCUCAUAUAAGAGGAGGUGCCCAUUGGAAGUUACAUUUUAUGAUGCUAAGCCAAAAAAGGAACAUACUAUGUAAGAUAUUGUGUACAUAAUCCUGCUUGUAACACAGAUAUUGAACUUUUGGAUUGUGUUACAAAUAAAACUGACUUAAAACUGUAAACCUUUAAUUUUCUUUCACCAAAACAUACUCAUGCUCCUAUUGUGAUGUGUAUCUGAUGCAUUUUUUAAAGAAAACUUGUAGUGAAUUCUGAGUCUGCAUAUUCAAUGGAACAAUUUGCCUUUGAAACAAGGUAAUAAUAUAAACAACAAAAGGGAGAUAACUGUUGUUCCUCAGUACCACUGUAACGAAGAAACAAUAUUCUGUUGGUUUUUCAAGGAUUCAAAAUAUGUAUACUUUAAUAAAAAUGGGUACUAUUCAUGGCAGUUAGAUUUAUGUGGUGAGUAAAUUGUAUAAUCAGAUCAGUUCAUUUCAGUGAGGCCAAAUGGGAAGAAUGCACAAAAAACCGUUUCCCUUUAGUCCAACCAGGAUGUUCACAUAUACUGUAAGCAUCCUUCUAUCACAUAGCAGAUUUCAGAUGUGCAUUUGCUUUACAGUGUUGCUCCAUUAGUGCUCCAUUAAAUUGGCUGGCUGUGCAACUUUACCCAGGUGCACUUUGAUAUUGGGUGUGUCUGGUUCACAAUUCAGACCUCUUCUAUUCAGAAAAAUUAGUCAUUCAUAUAGGAAAUGUAUAUGAUGUCAAAACAUAGCUCCACAGACCUCAGUGGCUCAGUUUUGAUAUAAUACUCUAUUGUGGUGUAUUUCAAAUAUGGCUAGGUGAUGAAAUAAGAAUUUGUACGACAUAUGUUCGAUCCAGUCUUGGAUUUUCUGGCCAAAUCUUACUUUUAUCCACUUCACUUUCUCUUCCAGUUUCCUUACAGAGUCCCGCUUAAUCUUCUGAUCUGCAUUAUAGCACAGGUGGGAGCAGGGAGCAAUGAACAUCCCAUGAAACAAUAGUUAAGACAAACUGGGGUUAAUAAGCCAAUUUGAAAAUUGUGGUUUCAAAUCUGAGUUUAAUAUAUCCUGAUGAAACAUAGUUGACUAAGCCUGCAUUUGGACCAUUGUACUAUCCAGGGAGGUGAAUCCAGUCUAAGUUAGCCGUUUCCACUGAAACCUUGCUCCUUGUCAUUCUUAAGGGUCAUCCAGGUGAAGCAUUUUAUAGAGAUCAAUGAAAGGAGGCAGAAAUAAAUUUCUAAUACACAAAUAAAAAAUCUUGAUCCAUCCUGUAGUUUAAUUAAAUUAUGGUAUCAUGUGACAUCUGAAUCAAACUGCUAUGUACUAGAAUAGAGCACUAGAAAAUAUGUUUAUAAUCUGCAACUGCAUGUCUGUUUCGGACAUUCAUGAUAUGCCUUAUGGCAAAGUGUAUUCCAGAAUCCAUGCUUCAUUUGAAAACACUUGUGUGGUAGAUUUAUAGUUGUUUUUUCAUUGACACGAAGCGAUUAACUUUAUAACAUUAUAAAGUUUAAAUUGUGCCAGCCAUACUUUCAACUGAAGAAACUUGCAGAAUUCUGUCUGCUAGACUAAAGCAGCAGAGUUUGCGUUUGGAUAGAAAAAGAUUCCUUGCAAGUGUUGGAGAGAUGGCGUGCUUUGGGGGCUGACUAAAAGAUGCCUUUGCCUUUAUUAUUUACCUGAAGUAUUCAAUUCUAGUCCUCAUUCAAUCAAGUUCUCUCUUAGGCAAGCCAGGGAAAUGGUGUGGUUACUACUACUAUUGUGAUUUGGAGAUGUAGCUACAAAAAGUGGAUCACCUGAAAUUAUUUGUGAAUGGUUGUGAUAGAAGACUGGUGGGAGCCUGAGGGUUAUGGUUUGCUGCCUUAAAUACUUCAGCUUGAAGUGUGUGUAAAGUCCUGUCAAGUCACAGAGGUAGUUUGCCACUGCCUUCCUCUGCAUGGUGGAAUUCCUUGGUUGUCUACCACCUAAAUACCAGAGUUGACCAUGCUUAGCUUCUGAGAUCAGACAAGAUUAAGCUAGCCUGGGCAGACAGAGAUCAAAAAGAAAAUUUGGCAGGUAUUAAAGAAUAAUGUUUGUCCAGAAAAAAAAGUCUUACAAUCUUAGGAAUUCAAAACUUACUAUUAUCUUGGAGCUUGAUUGUUUUACCUAACCUAGUUUAAAAGUCUCCUAAAGAAUGAGGUCUAAUUGAGAACCCUCACUAUAAUUGGAUUGGGUUGUGGCCAAUAAGAAUGAGAGGUUUUUUAAUCUAGAGCCUUAAUUUUUCACCAUUAGUCACUACCACUGGAAGAAUUACCCAGAAGAGCUGAUACAUUUGAAAUAAAGCUCCCGAUUCACAGCAGAGCUGGUCUUCAGGGCUUUAUUCCAGGAAGAGGGAAGAAGAAUCCUAGAGAUUCUGCUGUAUGUUAGUCUGCUGUAUGGGGGUUUUGCUUUAUUUUCCUCUACAAAGUGUUUUAUGUUUAUUUUAGGGUUUUCUAUUUGUGAGGCUGAGUGAGGGUACUGAAGUAAAUUUACCAAGCGUGAUAGAACCCAGGCUGCGUGUGUAAUCCGUUAGCCAGAGUACCACCUGAAGUAUAAGGAACUGUACCAUUUUAAGAAACAACACCUUUAACAUUUAAGCUUACUGAACUUAUUUAAUCCUGUGCCUGAAAACAAAUACUGCAAACAAAUACUGCUGAUUCUCUGCUAAAGAUCCUUGUUGUAAAUAUAUAAUUAUUCUAUCUCAUCCAUUCCUUUCUCUAAGUUAUUUACCUCCCAUUCCUGACUUCUCUCUCUGUUAAUAAAGCUUUGAUUCUGUUUUAAGUUUUA